AUGCCAUUGGGACAAGACCGUAUUGCAGUUUCGCAUCGCAGCGCUUUCGCCUUCUCUUCGGGCUAUCACCUGAACAACAUUCCGAAGGUGCAGAUGCCAUGGUCGGACACGGACAACGGUUCUUCUUCCUCCAACACCUCACCAACAUCCAAAUGGUCUCCGGUCGGUGAAUUGCCCUCAAUUCCACCACCUCUCACAUCCAGUUCAACGUCGUCUUCAGCGUCGCCUCCAUUGAAUUUCCAGCCAAUUCAUUCGACGCCGGACACGAAAGUUCGAUUCCCAUCGUUCCACAGCUCCAUUGCUCCACGAUUGACCGCAUUUCAGUCUAGUUUCAAGCCAGUAUCGUCGCAAUUUGGAGUUUCUGCCAAAAAGGAAGCCAAUCCAGAUGCGGCGUUGACGGAUAAACAACGUCAAGAACGCCAACGACAGCGAAGGUUGGAGGAGAACUACAAGACGGUCAUGUGCGACUUUAUGCGAGCUCACAAAUACUGCAUGUUUGGGGACAAGUGUCGCUACGCCCAUUCGGUGGACGAACUUCGACCAAAACUUGUAAGUUUUUUCUAUUUUUUGUUGGUUUUUAGGUGAAAGUUGAUGAUGGAGAUGAAAUUCCAGGCUUUGUUGAUACGUAGAAUGGAGUUAAGGUGCUGCUUUUACUAGCAUUUAACGAAAAAAUGCUUCAAAAUUGAUUUAAAACAUCGAAUUUAUGAUAAAAGGCUUAUGUGUCUAGUGUAACAUACGUUUUUGUGUAGAAAUUUAAAAGUUUGAUGCUUUUAAUCAGUGUUAUGAUUCUGUUAGUUGUAAAAGAUGUUUGUCUAGCUAAUAGUAAAGGUUUUGGGUAGAGAUUUUGAUUUUACAUGGGCUAAAUUUGACUUCUAAUAUUACUGGCUACUACAAUAUAUUUUUUAUUUAUGUAGGAAGAUGGCCGUGCCGGGCCUAUUGGUCUCUCUUUUAGGUUUAUCAAUGUAAGAUAAUGUCUUUUUUGUUUAAAAAUUUUUAAUUUCAGCCCCCGCCCAAUCACAAGACUAUUUUGUGUCGCAACUUUACCGCCUCCGGCGCCUGUCCCUACGGUCGCAAAUGUCGCUACAUUCACAGGUCGGCGGACGAAGUGGAAGUGAAAGACAUACCGGACGAUGGGCAUUACGAAAACUUGUUGAACAAUGCCAUUUGUCAACUGGAUUUGUGA